AUGGCGGCAGCUGACAUUGCUCCCCAGUUUGGAGCGGAGCUAAAGGACAACUUCAAACCUGUCAACGCUUGGGUAUCGAACGGCAUAUCGUGGCUUGACGAGAUCCAACAAUUCUAUCGCGAGCGGAGCGCCAUCGAAAAGGAAUAUGCGGCGAAACUGACGGCACUGUGCAAGAAGUACCACGACCGUAAAUCCAAGAAGAUCAGCUCUUUGAGUGUCGGCGAUACUCCUUCCUUGACUCCCGGCUCCCUUGAGAGUGCCUCGUUGACAACGUGGACAACGCAAUUGACCGCCGUCGAAUCCCAUGCUGCCGAACGAGACAAAUAUGCGACGGAAUUGAUCGGACAUGUGGCAGAACCGCUGAAAAAUGCCGCUGCACAGUUCGAGGAGAUUCGCAAGUGUCAUGCCGACUAUCAUACUAAGCUGGAAAAGGAACGUGACGCUUCCUAUGGCGAAUUGAAGAAGGCAAAGGGGAAAUAUGACGGGGCUUGCCAGGAAGUCGAAUCUCGACGAAAGAAAACGGAAUCUUCGUUUGAUCACGGCAAAGCCAAGGCUCAGUCUGCGUAUCAACAACAGAUUCUGGAGAUGAACAAUUACAAGAAUCUCUACCUUAUCAGCAUCAACGUCACGAAUAAGCUCAAAGAGAAAUUCUACCAUGAAUAUGUCCCUGAAGUUUUAGAUGGAUUACAAGACCUGAACCAGACAAGAGUCAGGAAACUGAAUGAUUUGUGGUCCCUCGCUGCACAACUCGACAAGUCUUCCUUAACAAACAGCCUCAAUCAUUCCACCAAUCUCAUUGGCGAGAUCCCUCGCAAUGAUCCUCGGCUUGACUCCAUGAUGUUCCUUCAGCAUAAUAUCGCUCAAUCACAAGAGCCCGCGAACAUGGGCUUCGAGCCUAGUCCGGUGUGGCACGACGAUGCAUCCAUCAUCACCGAUGAAGCAGCCAAGGUAUUCUUACGCAACGUACUUGGAAAGAGCAAGACACAGGUACGCGAGUUGCGGGUGGAGGCGGAUAAGAAGAGACGGGAGGUAGAGAACGGCAAGAAGACUCGCGAGGGGAUUCAGCAGGGCAAAGACAAGCGCAAUGAGGUUGAUGUCGUGCGAGGUAUUUUCUAUCUGCAAGAAGCUCUGCAUGAGGUGGAACGGAAGUGGGUCACUGCGGAGGUGGAAACAUCCACUAUCAUAUCCGUGGCAGGAGACUUGUCUCUAGGAGCCAAAAAUCAUAACUUCCGAUCGCAAACCUUUAAGAUCCCCACAAACUGUGAUCUAUGUGGUGAACGCAUUUGGGGUCUUUCUGCCAAAGGCUUUGACUGCCGGGACUGUGGUUAUACCUGCCACAGCAAAUGUCAGAUGAAGGUCCCAGCAGAGUGUCCUGGAGAACAGACCAAGGAAGACAAGAAGAAACUAAAGGUUCAGCGUCAGGAACAAGCUGGAGCUGUGCCUGCUGCUGAUGGUGAUUCUGCUACAGCGUCAUCCGCGGCACCAUCUCUCACUCGUCAGAACACCAUGAACUCACUGAGCUCGGGAUAUGCUGCCAGCACUGCGCGAUCAGUGUCGGUCACCAACGUCGCGGCCCAACCUACUCCCGAGAGCCCAGCAGAAGCAGCCCCUGCCCCGGCCCCUGUGGCUGACUCUAAGCCCGCUGCCGCUAAGCGACACAGAGUGUUAGCUCCACCUCCCACUGCAUACGUGAGCGCGCCGCCCGUCACGGAGUCCCUGUCUGCUUCGAAAUCCCAGGAGCCUCGGGGCAAGAUGAUUUACGCAUUCCAAGCGACAGGAGCCGAUGAAGUGACAGUUCAGGAAGGGGAUGAUGUUGCUAUUGUUGAGCCAGAUGAUGGAUCUGGCUGGAUGCGUGUCCGUGUGGGCUCGCAAGAGGGUCUCGUUCCCUCCUCCUACGUUGAAGCCGCACCAACGCCAUCGCCCGUGCCAUCGGCGAGCCCUGGCCUAACCGAUCGACCGGGAUCGGUGUACUCGAACUCCUCUGCAUCACUAGCAGGUAGCGCGGCGCCUAAGCGUGUGGGCCCUGCUGUGGCGCCCCGCCGUGGUGCCAAGAAACUGCAAUAUGUCGAGGCACUGUACGAGUACGAGGCGCGCAGCGAUGCAGAGUGGUCGAUGGCGGAGGGCGACCGAUUCGUCCUAGUGACGCGUGACAGCGGCGAUGGUUGGGCCGACGUGGAGCGUGGUGGAGUUACCAAGAGCGUUCCUGCAAACUAUAUCCAGGAGGUGUAG